GUUAAAGUGUUCAUCGUGAACAACAACAAAAACGAAGCCCUUGUCGAUGGGGCGGACAACAGAGGCGUCGAAACACCGAUUGCGAUCUUGAAAAUAACAUACGAAUCAAAAGAAGAAAGUUAGUAAAAGGAAAGGGUGGCGAUUUAGACUCCCUCUGAUUCGGGCCUAAUUGUACACUUUUUAUCCCCGAUUCUCUUUGACGUUUCUUGCAAUUGUAUUCCAAAAAGAGUGGUUUUAUGCGAGGUUGCUUGUGUUUAAUUUGUUUCAGAUCCUAACAGGUAAAACCAAACCCGGAGUCGAAAGUUGGAAGAAAAGGAGCAACGACCAGGCAAAGAGGUGGAGACAACCGCUGUUCACGACCUAACGUUGGGGUUCACGGUCUUACAGGACCGUGAACUGGAGCCAUAACCCGUGAAGCGAGGAGCAAACAGAGGGGUUUUUUAGGUUACUGACGCCCGGGCAGUUCACGAUCGCUAAGACCAUGAACAGAGGCCAUUGAUUGUGAACCCGAGCAAAUGAAGCAGUGCAUUUUGGUCGCGACACUGAGUUCAUGGACGAGUUUCAAUGUUCACGGCCGUGAACUCAGGCCGUGAACUGGGCGCGAUCUUCCACUUAAAAGGAAAGCUGAAAGGAAGAAGAAAAGGAGGGAGAGAGACCUAGAGUGAAAAACUUCUCCUUCGUAAGAUUUUAGAGUGAGAAAGUGACGAACCAAAGAAGAGGAAAAGCUAGGGUUUCUUCUCCAAGCAAGGUUUUGGGAAUUUCUUCCCCAAAGGAGGAUUUUUUUUUUCAGCACAAGGAGCAAGGAUUGCAUCUUCUUGAUGGUUUCCCUUUUCCCUCUCUUGUGUUUUCACUUCUCUUAGCAUGGAGUUGUCCCUUCUUUCACUUGGGUGUUUGUAAACCCUAGCUACAAUUAUGUGAAUGCUUGUAGGAAUUGAAUGAUUUGGGUGUGGUUGUGUUUUAAUGUGAAUGUGGGGGUAUUAUUCAAAUAUGAUUGUGUUGUGUGAAAGCCUAUCAAUCUAAUUGCUAUUCUAACCUAGCUUAGAGAGGAGACCUCCUUAGGUUAGGAGGUUCAUUGGGUGUUCUUGGUCAUUUCAGGCCUCAUAGGCUAGUUUAGAGAGGAACCCUCAUUAGGUUAAGAGGCUCAAUAUUGAGAUGGGGUUCUUGGACAUUUCUUGCAUCCUAGCAUAGUUUAGAUAGGAAACCUCCUUUACCCAAGAUACUCGGUUUCCUUGGGCAUUCUACGCCUUCUAAACUAGUUUAGAGAGAACCCUCCUUAACCUAAGAGGCUCAUUCGAGAUGGGUUUCCUUGGGCAUUCAAUACCUCCUAAGCUAGAUUGGAGAUAACCCUCCUUAACUUAAGAGGCUCUAUUAGAGAUGAGUAUCCUUGGGCAUUAUAUGCCUGCUAUUCUAGGUUAGUUAAAGGGCAAACCUCUAAUCCGCAUUAGCACUUAGGGUUUGAUUGUGGGUUGCCGUCCAAACUCCGAUUCGAGGGUGAAGUCUAACCAUUCCUUAGUUGAUAAGUUGAGAGGGUCACAUUAGCAGCUUGGAUUGUAUCCUAUUCCUCAACCUAGAUGCUAAGAGGGUAGCUUCGGCUGCUUGUUAGACUUCCCUGCGGUUUAUGACCCCCUAACCACACACGGUCGUUUGAUUCUUCAAGUCAUAAUUGUUAACUAGGGGGAGCAACACCUGGAUGAAGCUAUCUCAACUAGAGUCAAAUCCAUUUUACCUUUACAAAGCAAUUUAGUUUUAGACCUUUGUUUCCACAAAAACCAAUCCUCUAGAUAAUGUUUCAAACCGUCGAAGAAGCGGUACAUGGACCGGCCCGGGUUAAUAUUUAAACAUACUUGCCCAAUAUUGCACCCAUCUAAGGUUUAUACUUCGACCUUAGGUGGGAUUUUAUUAUAAUAGUCAGAGCGAGUCAAGUUUUUGGUGUCGUUGCGGGGGACUUCGGUCCGUUAUUGUGAAAAGUUUUAUUGGGGUUAAUCUAGCUUUUAAUUUCUGUUUUUUGUUAAGUUGUGAAGUGUCUGCUUGUGCUAGACGUGUUGUGUUUUUUGAGUGUGUGUAGGGAGGUGCAUGACCUGGAGCAAUCCGGCGCCUUUAACACCACUAGAUGAGGACAUCAACCGGACCCUCCGACUUCUCGCUCGCGAGAGGGAGAAAGUGGAGGCAAGAAGGGGAAGUGAAGAAAGGGGACAACAAGUUGAUCCUGAAAUUGAAGUAACUGAAGAAGGAGUUGUAGUUGAGAUGGCGAGAAAUCAACACUGAGGGUCUAAACCGCUUCCAAACCCAAAUGGAGAAGCGGAAGCCGAGGAAGGGCCAAAGACUAUGGGUUAUUACAUGGCUCCACGGGCAGUGGAUAUCCAAUCUCCUAUCUUACAUCCACACGUGGGCGCUAACAACUUUGAGAUCAAGCCUUCUCUCGUGAUGAUGAUUCAACAAAAUGACUACUUCCACAGGCUUGCCCAUGUAUCACCACGAGAACAUGUCCAAAGGUUUUUUGAGCUAGCGGGAAGCUUGAAGAUAGAUGGGGUCCACGAGGAGGCAUUGUGAUUGAAGCUCUCCCCCUAUUCUUUGGUGGGAAAGGCACUCCGAUGGCUCCACAACCGUCCGACUCUAUCCAUCACCUCUUGGGAUCUCCACAACAAGUUCAUGACCCGAUAUUGUCCUCCUUGCGAGACGGUCGAGUGGAGGAAGAAGAUCACUCACUUUGAGCAAGAGGAGGAUGAGACAUUGAGGGAUGCAUGGGAAAGAUAUUCCGACUACUUCCUCCAAUGCCCUCACCAUGGAUUCAAGGAGCAAUUUUGGAUAGAAACUUUAUAUGGAGGACUCAUUCAAGAUGACAAGAUCCUUAUUGACUCUCUUUGACAAGGGAGGUUGAUGAACAUGAACUCUUCUCAAGUGACCGAGUUGCUCAAAGAUAUGUCUCUUAAGGGAUAUGAUUGGGGCUUGACAAGAACGGGGAAGAGAAGCACCGGUCGAGGUGUGCGAAGUGUGGGAGCAAGUGCUCCACUUGAAGCAAAGCUUGACAAGUUAAUUGAGGCAAUCCUUGAGAGAAAGAAGCAAGACAAGGAGCCGUUAGUGACAUAUGAUUGGGGUGCAAGCUUAGGUUAUGAGCAAUCAGAGCGCCGAGUGAUGAACGAGGAAAUGUCCCAUUACGAGCAGUUGAACUCUAUCUCCCCUGUGCACACCAACCAUUUGUCUUGUUUGGAAGAGUUAGUGACCACCUUUGUCGUCACCAACUCGAAGAAGUUUGAAAAAAAUUGAGAGAUUCAUAGGGGAGGCGACCGAGAAAUUCUCAACCAUAGAGGCGGGUUGCAAAGUCAUCAAUCACUCUUGACAACCUUGACCACAAGUGUGGGGAUUAUCUCGUAAGCAGCUCGGUCCCUGAAGAAAUUCGAAGAAGGGUGAGUAAGAGCAGUUACUCUUCGAAGUGGGAGACAAGCGAAGGAGCUACCCUCGAGGAAGAAACCACCCAUGUCAGAAGAGUAAGAUGGAGCCGGUAGUGUCCCCGAACGACAAGGAGGCACAAGUGCAAACAGAGGGGAGAUGGGCGAUCCUCCACCGGGGCAGAGGGGGGGGGGGGGGGGGAAGGUAACUCCAACUAUUCCUUAACCUUCUCGACUACGCAAUGACCGCAUGGCGACAGAAUUUGCCCACUUCAUGGAGUUGAUGAAUCAGUUGCACCUCAACAUCCCCUUCGUGGAGGCCCUCACCUAGAUGCCCAAGUAUGCAAAGUACUUCAAGGACCUCCUCACCAACCAGAGGAAGCUGGAAGGGAUGGCUACAGUGACCUUGAAUGAAGAGUGCUCCGCCAUCCAGCAUAACCACCUGCCCACAAAGCGCAAAGAUCAAGGGAGUUUUACUAUCCCUUGUUUUAUAGGCAACAUGUGCUUAGGAAAAUCCUUGGGGGAUCUAGGAGAAAGUAUAUAUGUGAUGCCUUAUAAAUUGUUGAGGACCUCUCAUUUACCCUGUCGAUUUCUUCAUUCUAGACAUCGACGACAACGUUGAUGUACCAUUAAUCCUGGGUAGACCUUUAUUAGCUACCACAAAGGCCUUAAUUGAUCUGCAUGGGGAAUAGUUAGUACUUAGGGCAGGGGAAGAAGAGGUUAUCUUUUCUAUUGAUGAUAGCAUGAAGUUGUCUCACCAUCAUGAUGAUGUCGAUUAUUGUGAUGAGGUUUUUGAUUUCAAAGAGGCACUCACGUCCGUGGUGCUUACCCUUUUGAAGAAUGUUGUUUAGUGGAAACAAACAUUGCAGAAUCUCCAGAGUUGGAAUUGAAGCCCUGUCUGCAAUGCCUAAAAUCCCUACCUCCUUGGAGGAACCACCCGAGUUGGAAUUGAAGCCUCUGCCUCCCCAUCUUGAGUAUGCCUUCCUGACAGAUGAUGGCAAACUCCCAGUCAUCACUCCAAUCUUACACCAGAGUAGAAGAUUGAAUUGAUUAAGGUCGUGUGUCGUCAUGAAAGGGCCAUCGCAUGGAAGAUCGUAGAUAUCUAAGGGAUCGGACCAACCUUUUUUUCUUUUGUUUCAAUUGAACUCUAAAAAGGUUGAUUUUACAAGAGGUUGCUUGUGUUUUAGUGUGUUUCAGAUCUUAACAGGUAAAACCAAACCCGAAGUUGAAAGUUGGAAGAAAAGGAGCAGAGAGCGGGCAAAGAGGUGGAGACAGUCUCUGUUCAUGGCCUUAUGUUGGAGUUCACGAUCUUACAAGACCGGGAACUGAAGCCAUGACCUGUUAUGUGAGGAGCAAACAGAGGGGGUUUGCAGGUUACUGAAGCCCAGGAAGUUCACGGUCGCUAAGACCUUGAACCGGAGCAAAUGAAGCAGUGCAUUUUGG